AGAAACGGGGCUGAUCAAUUGCUUGACACUGUUUUUAUAACUGACCAAAAUAUAACGACGAGUGCCAAUGGUUUGUCAAAAAAACGACCGAGAGUAUAGUUUUGCUACUCGGUGACUCUAACUUAAACUGUAGAUUUUGCUAGAUUUUUAGCAUAUUUUUAAACUGUUCGCUAAAAGUCUUCAAAUCACCCCGCCCAACAUCCACAUGGAUAUAAUACCAUCUAGAAGAAAUCUACUAGAAGAAAAAAAAUUAGGGAGAUUUGCCUCUUGUGCGCUGGUUCUGGCUACAAAAGUGUUAAUGUUAGUGUUACUUUAUAGUGUUACUUAAUUUAUUAAACAUCCUGUUGUCUGGUUGUUCAACAAAAAAUGCUUUUAAAAGCUUUGAAAUGAUCUGGGAAGUGGGAAAACGUGACCAAAUUGUAAUGAACCCGUGGAACAUUCGUGUGAUUUUGUGAUUGAGCACCAGGGGCAAAUCACUUUAUGAAAAUCUCAUACACUUUGGUGGAAAUCCUAUUGUUUUAUCUUAAAAUACUUGGAAAUCGUUCUGUUUUCGUGCAAAUCUCGUCAGCUAUUUGCAAGAGUAAAUUACCCCAUGAUCGGGCAGACACAUCGAUUUUCUGGCAAGGCUACGGCAAGAUUUGCGAACAAUCCAAUUGUUUGAUAAAAACGGGCAUUUUUCAGCUUUCUAGAGUUCUUUGUCAGUCAAAUACUCUUUGAAAUAAAAAAUCUUAGAAUAUGGCAAGUCCAUGGCAAAAUAAAGUCAAGGAAAAUUGUUUGGGCUAACUACUGCUGCCGACAUCGUUCCAAAGAGGUUGUCCUUAACAUUAAAACUGACCCCGCAGGUUCUUGCAUAUCUGUGUUAUAAUCCGUUGACCAAAUCUGCAUUAAAAAGCACGUUAAUAUUAUUAACAAGCCCAAGUUUAAGAACAGUGCAAAUAUACGGGCAGCAUUAGAUUUAUCUUCUCACCUUUUAUAGUUCCUGUCGCAAAUAAACAUCGUUUGAUAGGUCUAGCUAAACAAAAACUUCUGAAGCCUAUCUGCAAAAUCUUUAUUUGUAUUGACAGACAAUUUCAAUCAACACAAACAAACAAUCAAAUAAUGCUACCAUAUGGUCCUGUUUAUUCAUCAAGAAAAAGACCAAAUGGAAGGUUUAUGAAAACAAAUAACAUAAGGCUGUCGAGAGUGCACAAUGCCUACCAAAACUUUACAUCUUUGCUCCUCUAUUUUUGCUCCUCUAUUUACCAUUUUUUCACAAAUACUUCUUCUUCCGCCCCCCCCCCCAAACAAUGCCGAUCGUCCCGAAAAGUAUCGUCGCUCAACGUUGCUGACACCAAUCUUUUUCUCUGCUUUGAAAAAAACGAGCAUUGUUCCAAAGAGGGUGAGGAAAGGGUUGGGGUCGCUGAAUUCGUCAUUGAAAACCAUAGAGAUAUGUCUAAGACUAACGUUGUGUUCGCGUCAAGAACCAAACAAAGAAGUUAGACCAGAAGACCAAAAGCAAGACUUAGUAAAUCUUUAGAAAGCAAGACAUUCAAAUGGAGAUGCAUCCUCCAGGCAUGAAGAAAAAUUCUCAAAGACAUGGCAAGGGUUGGAGGGCAAAAGAAGUGCAAUACGGUUUUUUGAGGAAAAUGACAAGAACUCGAUGGGACAGAAAAUGACGAGAACUCCAUCGGACAAUUACCAAAAUAAAGAAAACUGUUUCAACCAUAAAUAUCUGAGAAUCUCAUCUGCCUGUCCUUUGGGAGUCUCAAGUCAAGAUACUUUCAUUCAACAAGCAAAAUAUUUUCAAAAGGAUGAUUAUGUGUUGGUUCAAAAUAAGUUUACCCUUGAUCUCUGUCAAAACCUUCCAGCUUUUAAAGUUGGAAGUUGUCCAUUGGAAAGGAAACCCAGAGGCACAUUAUCAGCAAAGUUCAAAAUAAAUUUGGACAAUGUUUGUUUAUCAAUGAGAGGCUUGAAACUUGGAGAAAGAAAAGAAAACCUGAAAUCAGGAGCCAGUUAUUCUUCAUCAAUAUGCAGACAGUCACACCAUCAUGAAAAUGAAAUCAAUACCAUUAUAGAAUCUAAUAACAUGGUCAAUGAUAAUGGCUCUAAAAGAGAACAAAAAUCCUCAAAGAAGAAAAAACACAAAUCAAGCAAAUCAUCUUGCAGCAAAAGGAUGAGUAAAGUCUAUAAAAAUUCAAAAUCCAAAAGAAUCUCUCUUCAAACAUCUAGGAAAGGUGGAUGUGCAAUUGAAGAAAUCACCUGUAAAAGUAACAAAACUACAAUUAAUAGUUUGAAGCUGCAUCAGAAAUCAAACUUUCAAAAUUUACAAAGCAGUAAACUGAUACAAAACAAGUCUUUGCCAUGUAUUAGUAGAAGAUCAAACUCUUUGGCUAUAAAAGGUCCCAGAUCUUUCACAGACUUUGAUGUUAUUUUGUCUUCAAAUGGAUCCAUUAAAAGCAGUAUGGAUGGAAGUCCAGUAACUCGUUUGACAAAAGUCUAUUUAUCUGAAAAGAGAUCAGGUACCCUCAUGGGUGUUCCUGCAGUUCCUCCAGCCACCCCUUGCUCAGGUUUUUAUGAGGAGAUUGAAUGGGUCCCAUCAAUGUCAGAUAUGAAGAGCAAACGUUUGGUUACUUCAAAGUUAGCUGGACUGGUAUCAAAGCAGGCUAAACGCGAAAACGAGGAGAGAAUAACGAGAGAGCAGAAGCAACUUCAGGAGGAAAAACAACGGAAUAAGGAAAUGCUUUUGAAGAUCAAGCAAAGGCAGCGAGCUGAGAUUUACGCGUUGAACAAAAUACUGACAGAAGUAGAGAAUGCCACCUACGAAAAGUAUAAGGAAGAAAGAGGCUUGCCUGUUUGAUCUGUAAAGAGACCUUCCAGCAGUGAUAACGAAGAUGGAUCACUAAAUGAUAUUGGACAUUGCAGUACCGCAAACAACACAUAAAGAAGAGAACAACACAACCAUAACAAGAGAAGUGCGAAACAGAUCCUUCGACACGGACUUAGUUAGAACUUAGUAUUUAAUAUUUUAUUAUCUAUUUAAUGAGGUUUUUAUUGAAACUUAUACUAAAUUGUGAGUAGUUAAUAAUAAUUUUUUGAAAUUUUCAAGGUUAGUAUAAUUAGUGGUUUGAAUUCAUUAAAUGGUUUGAUAUAUAUAUA